AGCCCUCGACCCGUCGAUCGUUCUUGUCAACUAUCUUCGCCCAACCCUCUUCCCGAUCUCUCCCUUCCGUCGCCUUUCUCCCUACAAAGACGGUGGUCCGUUCGCGAGGGUUUCCUUCUCGCCCUCCGCACCUUCGUCGUGAAUCAGAGGGUCUCUCUGACGCUUCACGGAGGAGAAAGGCUGAAAUCCGCGGAAGAUCGAGGGAAAACAAAAAAUGACCAGAAGGCUAAAAGAUGUGGAAAUUAGCUUUCCAAUUGUCUAUGGAACUAUAGCAUUUUGGCUUGGUAAAAAGGCAAGCGAGUACAAUUCACACAAAUGGACUGUUUAUGUUCGUGGGGCAACAAAUGAGGAUUUGGGUGUCAUAGUUAAGCGUGCUGUAUUUCAACUGCACCCUAGUUUCAACAAUCCAACUAGGGUUGUAGAAUCAGCACCUUUUGAACUUUCAGAGUCUGGAUGGGGUGAAUUUGAAAUAGCUAUUAGACUCUUCUUCCACAGUGAUGUAUGUGACAAACAACUGGACCUAUAUCACCAGCUAAAAUUGUUUCCUGAGGAUGAAAAUGGACCCCAGUCAAUCAAAAAACCCGUCGUUGUGGAGAUAUAUGAUGAAAUUGUUUUCUCUGAGCCUACAGAAGCGUUGUUUGCACGGGUCCAGAAUCAUCCUGCUGCAAUUGUUCCAAGGCUACCUUCUGGCUUAAACUUGCCACCUCCUGGUCCUGUUAAUAAUAUCAAUGAGAAGAAAAGAGGUGAUACCAAGGACCAUCCACUAAAUCAGUGGUUUAUGAACUUCUCAGAGGCAGACGAGCUAUUGAAACUUGCAGCUGCUCGUCAAUAUGUACAGGGCCACGUAGGAAAGCUCAGGAGACAGUUGAGCAUGAUUGAUGGCCUGCCUCAACUGUCCAAAGCUGCUUUGGGACAAUAGAUCUCUUCCACCAUGCUCUUCAGUGAGGUAGGAACUUUUAGAUGAUAUAAAUGAAUCUAAAUUGUAGGUAAUAGCGACCACUAGAACUCAAUGGCUGCCCUACUACUACUACUACUACUCCCAAAUAGCCUGGUUUUGUAAGAGACCUGGUUUUGUUGUAUACUUGAUGAGUGUAUGGCCUUAACCGAGCUUUCUGUAUAACUCAAACAUGUCUCAAGUACUUGAUUUGC